AUGGAAAAGCAGGAGUAUGAUUAUAUUAUUGUCGGGGCAGGCAUCGGCGGGUUGGUUCUCGCGAAUCGACUGAGUGAAGAUGCCUCUGUCAACGUCCUACUCAUCGAGGCUGGUGCCAAUCGCAUGGGAGAUCCUCGGAUUGACACGCCCGGCUUUCUGGGAACUUUGUAUGGCAGCCCAGAUUUCGACUGGGAUUAUAUGAGCGUUCCGCAGGUCAAUGCAAACAACCGACAAAUUGGACAGCCCCGCGGGCGUGUCGUCGGUGGGUCCUCCGCUAUGAACUUCUCAUGCAUCGUGUACCCCAAUGCCUCGAACUUUGAGGCUUGGAAGGGAUUGGGCAACACAGGUUGGGGAUCGGAGGAUAUGGUGCCCUAUCUCCAGAAAUUCCACUCCUACACCCCACCUAGCGAGGCCACGGCAGAGCUUCUGGGCACAGCCCGCUAUAUGAAAGACGCAAAUCAAGGAUCCAACGGGCCUGUACCUGUGUCUCUGCCAGAUGUUUUUGGGCCCUUCAACAAGGCGUGGGAUGAGACAUUCGCGCAGUUGGGUUGGGAAACAGACGCCGACCCCAUCCAGGGCCGCAAGCUGGGGGCCUUCGCUUCGCCAUUGAGUGUCGAUUCCAAGAUGGGAACUCGGGGAUAUGCAGCAGCAUAUUACUCUGCCGAGAUUGCAGCGCGACCAAAUCUGCGUCUGCUGACGGAAACGAUCGUUGAGCGUGUUUUGCUUUCGCAUCAAGAUGGAGAGGUUACCGCGACUGGGGUGCAAGUCAAGACUGGCCACGAAACUCAACAAAUCAAGGCGAAGAAGGAAGUUAUUAUCUGUGGAGGGAGUCUGAACUCGCCUCAACUCCUCGAGCUCUCGGGUAUCGGUGGUGCAGAUUUGCUUAAGAGACAUGACAUCCCGGUAGUAAUCGACAAUCCAUCUGUUGGCGAGAAUCUCCAAGACCACGCCAUCACCACCAUUAAUUUUGAAGUUGCUGAUGGUCAGGUUUCGGGAGAUAUCCUACGUGAUCCAAACGUCGUCCAGGCACUGAUCAAGCUUUAUGAAGAAACCCGAGGAGGCCCGCUGGCAGGCAUGCCUAUCAGCAUGGCGUAUCUUCCAUUCGUCGAUGGAAACGGCAUUAUUCCACAGAAGGAUAUCGAAUCACUGCUCUCAAAACACCUUGAAGAUGAAAAGAUUCCAGAAAACCUGCGAGCUCAGUAUUCUCAUAUUCGCAAGAUGCUCGCUUCCACCGAGAAUGGCUCCUCUCACUAUCUAUUCCUCCCAGCACAGCUGCAUAUGAAUCCAGGAAAGACCACUCUUACUGAUGUCCUGGCCAAAACUCUUCCAGAGAACUACAUCUCGAUCAUGAUGCUCCACAAUCAUCCAUUUUCUCGGGGAUCAGUUCACAUCCGUUCUAACAGGAGCGAAGACAAGCCAACAUACGACCCGAACCUCCUCUCGCAUCCACUUGACAUCGAGAUCAUGGCGAGACAAAUGCAAUACGUUGAGCGUAUUGUGGAGACAGGGCCAUUAUCGACACUUCUCAAGCCGGGCAAGCGCAUGCCGGAAAAUACGAAGGAUUUGAGUAAUCUCGACCACGCCAAGGAAGUAGUGAAGGAGAGACUGUACACCUGCUUCCACCCGGCUGGAUCUUGUGCCAUGCUGCCAAAGGAAAUGGGCGGGGUGGUUGAUUCCGAGCUUAAGGUCUACGGGACCAAGAACUUAAGAGUGGUGGAUGCUAGUAUUUUCCCACUCGAACCGACUGGCAAUAUUCAGGCAACGGUGUAUGCAGUUGCCGAGAAGGCAGCUGAUAUUAUUAAAGGCCGAGUUUAG